CACUGCCUCUCUGUUAAUCCAGUCCGAACGACGACCGCCUGACGAUAUUGGACUUAACAGAAGCAACACUCGAGAAAAACUCGCGUAAUACUCAAAUUUAACUUUGAAGAAAAAAAAUGAAAGCAAUAAGCCCCGUUCGUUCCUUCCGAAAAAACACCACCGCUUUGUCGGACCACUCGCUGGGUCUGUCGCGGAGCAAGACCCCGGUGGACGACCCGCUGAGCCUUCUGUACAACAUGAACGACUGCUACUCUAAGCUCAAGGAGCUGGUGCCCAGCAUCCCGCAGAACAAGAACGUCAGCAAGAUGGAAAUCCUGCAGCACGUCAUCGACUACAUCCUGGACCUGCAGAUCGCGCUCGACUCCAACGUCGCUCUGGGGACGAACCUUCAUCACCCCGCGCGGCCGGGCCAGGGGGCUCCUCCUCCAGCUCCAUCCCGGACCCCGCUGAGCACCCUCAACACGGACAUCAGCAUCCUCUCGCUACAGUCUCCCGAGUUGCCAUCCGAGCUGACGACAGAUGACAGCCGGACUCUGCAUCGUUAAAGGCGGUGUUUGGUCAAGACAAGUUUAAGAAAAGAAAAAAAAAAGAAUCUCACAGGACCUGGGGAGCAUACAGGGCUUCCUUCCCUUUCCUUGGGAGGGGGGGUGUAAAAAAACAAAAAAAAAAAAUCCAACCACCUCUGUCCUCCUCCAGGCCCGCUGGAUUAUUUUUCCUCCCUCCAUCAUGAGAGACUUUGCUUAUGGGACAAUCUUUAUGAUGUGAUGUGCUUGUUUCCCCCGCAUUAUUAUUAUUUAACUUAAGAAUUUUUUAAUUAUUAUUUGUAAGUCCUUUCUGGAAAUGGAAGGCACGUUAUAUUCCCAAUUGUGGGAGGAAAAAAAAAGAGAUUAUUGUCAUGAGGAUGAUUAUAAUUCCCCCAUCCUUCCUCCUCUUAUUCUCCCUUACUUUGUUGAAGUCUUCGCUUUUUUUGCGGAGGUGGGAACUUGGUUAUAUACUGUAAAAAAAAAAAAAAAAAGUUUAGUCUUGUCUUGUCAGGAUUGUGGGCACAUGAAGGACUGGACGUUCUUUAAAAGAAGAAAACUGAAAGAAUGACACGUUGUGAACUCUUCUCGGGAGUUUAUGUAUAGUUGCAGGCGUUUCUGCAAAAAGUGUAAUGUUGUACUUAUGAUGAAACUUUUUAUAAAAGUAAUGUAAAUUGUA